AUGACCAGCAAAAGACGAGACGCCCAGCGCCUGCUGUGCAUGGAGAGAGCGGGCGGUCAGGCGGCCAAGCGGAGCCGCCUCGCUCCCCCCGCGGUGGCCAGACUCAAGGAGGCGUCCGCUCCCGACGGCGCCGCCGCCGCCGCUGCCGCCGCCGCCGCCGCCGCCGGCCCCUGCAGCCCGCCUCUGCCCGCCUGGAUGCGCCUCUAUUUCUACGGCAUGCACGGCAUCACGCUGGACAUCCUGCUCUCCUCCGCACAGCACUUCGCCAGCACCAGCGACCCCAGGAUGCUGGGCUUCUCGUCGCCCUACCUGGCGCUCGCUCACUGCCUGACUCACUGGGCGCUGGAGAAGCUGUACCUGCACAAGAGGAGCUUCCAGGGCCGCCCUCUGCUCUUCCACCUCCUGCUGUACCCCUCGGCGUACGUGGGUUUGCAGGGCGCGGUGCGGGGGUGGUUGGCUGCCGGUCCGGGGGACGCGCUGUUGGGAGCGCUGCUGCUCUACGCUCUCGCCCUGUACCACUCGCAGGUGCUGCUCAAGCGGCUGCUCCGCCUGCAGUACCGGCGGGCGGCGGGCAGUCGGGCCCGCGGGCUGCACGGGCUGCCGGACGCCCUGCGCUUCCUCUUCUACGGGAUGCACGGCUUCCUGGACGAGAUCGUCUUCACGUCCCUCUUCAACCUGGUGGAGAAGGCGGACGGCGGGCUGGCGGGCCACACCUCGCUCUGGUCCUUCCUCAUGUACGGCAGCUGCAGCUUCGUGGUGGAGAAGCUCUACGUGCACCUGCACGACCACAUGGGCUGGAGCACAUGGCAGCGGAUUCCCAUCUACAUCCUCUUCAUCUACACCUGGGAGUUCACCUGGGGACUGGCCCUGAGGCGCUACGGCGCCUGUUCCUGGGAUUACUCUCAUUACCCCCUGAACGUCAUGGGGCUGAUCACCCUCAUGUACCUGCCCGGGUGGCUGUUUCUCAGCUACUAUCAGGACGUGUUGUCCAAUGUGCUGCUGCGGGUUCACUGUCCCAAAAACAGGAGCCAGAAAGCCAACUUCGCCAAUGGCAAACUCAAAACCACCUGAUGAUCCCUUUUGACCUCUUUUUUUUAUUUGUAGGGACUGUAGAGAGACUGGAGUUUAGCGGCUUCCAGUCGUUUUAAAUUCAGAGCAAC